AUGUCGCGCGGACGUGGACGAGGCCGCGGGCGCGGCGGCUCCACAGCCGGCCGUGACCAGUUCAACGCUGCCUUCGCAGGUAUGAGCAAGGAAGACUCGCGCGCAGUCCUCGAGUCCUUCAGCAAACCCGUCAAGGGCAGCGGCAUGUUGUAUCCCCCACUGGACAAGGCUGCCGAAAUGCCAGGCCCGACAGGGUUUGAAGAGCGGGUCAUCUUCCACACGAACGCGCUGUUACGUGACCUCGCUGAGGGGCUCGAGGACGCUGAUGGCGUACGGCAUGGCGCCCUGUGGCGUCUCGAGAGCGAGCGAAAGGUCGUUGGGAUUGAAAUCGAGUCGUAUUCGGAUCGGUAUCGACGCACAGGCACGAAUUCGGCGAGCAGUAACUCUCGUCUCGACCCGAACGUGCUCCACCUCAACCGCGACCUGUUUCCGCCGUCGCUGUGGACUGAGUACUUUGAAGGAAACACUGGGGCGGAGAAGAAGGCCCGAGCUAUAGCGCGUGCGAACCGUCGCAAACGUGCGUUGGACGACGAUGAUGACGAAGGCGACGGGGAGCCAAGCGAAGGCGAGGAGGACGAAGACGACUUUGACUUUGAUGACGAGGACGAGGAGGACCACCAGGACUACGACCACAACUACUUCGACAACGGAGAAGGGGACGACGAUUCAGGCGGCGAAGGCGGCGACGAUGAGGGCGGGCGCUACGACGACUAG